GAACACGUCUGAACUGUUGCAGCGGCGGUGACGUCGUCGCAGAAACGCACCCUAUAGAAGCUUUUCCGCGUAUACUGUCGUUUCCUCCUAUUCGAGCCACGGCCUAGUGGUUGGCACCCGGCGAGUGCCUCAACCAUGUAUAUCAAGACACUGACAAUCCAGGGCUUCAAAUCAUACCGCGAUCAGACACAGAUCGAGCCCUUUUCUCCUAGACACAAUGUGGUCGUGGGCAGAAAUGGGUCAGGAAAGAGUAACUUCUUCGCCGCCAUCCGCUUUGUGCUCUCCGAUGCAUACACAUCGAUGUCGCGGGAGGAGCGGCAGUCUCUUCUACACGAGGGCGUGUCCGUGGCUACGACCUUGUCGGCGUACGUCGAGAUCGUUUUCGACAACUCUGACAACCGCUUCCCUACCGGCCGCGACGAGGUGAUCCUUCGACGAACCAUUGGUUUGAAGAAGGACGAGUACAGCCUGGACAAGAAAAGUGCGAGUAAAGCAGACGUGAUGAACCUGCUCGAAAGUGCCGGUUUCAGCAAGAGUAAUCCGUACUACAUCGUGCCUCAAGGACGGAUAACAGCACUUACGAACGCAAAAGAUCAUGAGCGUUUGGCCCUUCUCAAAGAGGUUGCAGGCACGAAGGUAUACGAACAGCGACGAGCAGAGUCGCUUCGGAUUAUGGCGGAGACCGACGCGAAGCGAACCAAGAUCAACGAACUGCUUGAGUACAUCGACUCGCGACUCACUGAACUGGAGGAAGAGAAGGAAGAGCUCAAGGAGUACCAGGAGAAAGACAAAGAGCGGCGGUGUCUCGAAUAUGCGCUGUACCAGCGUGAACUGGAAGAAGUCUCGGAGGCGCUAGAAGAAAUUGACGAAGAACGCAAGGGUGAAGUGCACAGUGCUAACGUGCGAAGAGAACAAUUCAACGAUCGCGAGAAAAGAGCACAGGUACGCAUACAUUCGCGCAUAUCUUAA